AUGGUGGGUCGUAGGAGUUGUAACGGGGUGUUAUUAGUGGUCUACCCCUCUUGUUGUGGUGGUGUAGGGUGUGUUGGGGGCUUGGUGGCUUGUGCUAGAAGUGGUCCAAAGGAAAUUCGGGGCAAGGAUUAUAAAAAGGAUGUUGGGUGGAUUGACGAGCAUUCUAUAAGAAGCCCAAAAGCUAUGGUUGUAGAAAGUGUGGAGGAUGUAGGUUGUUUAUGGGAGGUAGGAUAUUUAGGUGUAGGAAAUGGGUGGUUGGUUCUGUUGGAGUUGGCUUAA